AUGGCUUUGAAUGCAGCGCCAGGGAGUCCAAUCAUCCCGCUCAAUGCACCCGUACUACAAGCCCAGGGUUACGGCGUCCAUGGAAGCAGCAGCACAACCACCACAACAGCGGCUGGCCCGCUGGCCGCCAAGCCACCACAUUCAACUUUGCCUCUGCCCAUCAUCCUCCCUCUCACCGUCUCCAUCCCGCCCUCUGCUCCUCUGCGGCGCGCCAAGGCCACCACUGAGCCAGCGUCGCCGUCGCCGUCGACCCCCACUUCGUCGUCGUCGGUGGUGAGGUCGGUGCGGCCGCCCGCCAUCCCGAGCAUUGCGGUGUCGCCCGUGGCCACGACACACACGAUCGCCACGGCGCCGGUCAAGCCCCUCUCCCCGCAGGAGGUCCAGCAGGUCGAGGGCAUGAUCGAGCGAUGCCUCCACCUCUACAUGAACCAGGAGGAGGUCAUCAUGGCCCUCCAAAUUCAGGCCAACAUCGCACCCACCAUCACGCGACACGUGUGGCAGAGCAUGGAGGGUAAGAGCCCAGAGUUCUUCCGGGCGUACGAGGUGCGACUGAAGAUCAAGGAGCAGAUCAUGGCCUUCAACUACCUCGUCAGCCAGCAGGCGCAGGUCACCGAGAAGAGCAAGAACAUGACCCUCGACUCGGGCAGCUUCUCUGCGCCUUCCUCCUCGAUGGCCCUUACCUUUCCCUUCACCCCCUUCAACCCGCUCAGCGGGGUGGGUGGCUAUGAACCGCUGCCUUCACCUUUUGCCGCGCCGGCGCCAGUCUUCCUUCCGCUCACCUCCUCGCUCUCUUCGCUCCUCACCGGCGUGCUCCCGCCCAGCGGCAUUCUCACCGCCUCCACGGAUUCGGCCCUCACCCUCUCCACCAAUUCGCUCAUCAACAGCUUCCUCAAGUCGAGCUCCGAUAAUCUCCCAUCAACAUCAUCAUCAUCAUCUUCCUCCACCUCUUCAUCGUCCUCGACGUCCACGUCAUCGUCAUCUUCGUCGUCGCCGUCUUCACUCUCAUUUGCGUUUGGUCCGCCGCCCUCGCAACUGAACCCGGCCUCCUCCACUGCUUCGGCGACGGCGACCACAACAUCGAACAACGCCCCGCUUCUCUCUUCGGGUUCCUUCGCCAUGCCCUUCAUCUCCGUCGAGAACAUGGACUCGCCCACCACCCCCUUCUCCCCGUUCGCGCUCUUCUCCACGCAGCCCAUCGUCACCACCACUUCACUCAGCUCCACCGCGGAGAGCGCCAGCAGCGGCGGCGGGCUCUUUGGCACCUCGGCCGCCGCCGCCAGCUCUGCGUCAGGUGACGUCAGCACGUCCAGCGCGAUGCCAAUACCAAACCAGUCGCUGCUGGGCGCGGGCCAGUCUCUUCGCAACAGCGCGACGGGCGUGUCGCCGAUGUCGACCUCGCCCACGCCAGAGUCGUUCCUGACGUCGUCCAUCUGCUCGAUCCCGCUCACGGCCAGCACCAACGCCCUCCUCGACGCCCUCUCCGCCGGCGGCACCUCCCCGCUGCGCUUCUCGCCGCUCCUCACCGCGUCCACCUCGUCGGCCCCCUUCAACGGCUCGCUCGAGGGCCUCUUCCCCGACCUCGGCGCCGGUGGUGGCAGCGACGCCCAGGAACAACAGCAGCGAAGAGCUGAACAAUGA